AUGCAUCGAAAUUCAACUCCUUAUCAUCCAAAGGAGAAUGGAGUUGUAGAAGCUGCUAAUAAGAACUUAAAGAGAAUACUUCGCAAGAUGGUGCAGGGUUCCCGACAAUGGCAUAAAAAGUUACCUUUUGCUUUGUUAGGUUAUCGUACUACAGUUCGGACUUCAAUUGGUGCAACUCUUUACAUGUUAGUAUAUGGAACUGAAGCAAUUAUACCUGCAGAGAUUGAGAGUUCAUCUCUUCGAGUAGUUGUGGAAGCUGAAAUUGGUGAUGACCAAUGGGUCAAGGCUUAUUUGGAGCAAUUAUGCUUGAUUGUUGAGAAAAUAUUAACAUCGGUAUGUCAUGGACAACUGUAUCAGAAGAGAAUAACACGAGCAUAUAACAAAAAGGUGUCUCACAGAUAUUUUGAAGUUGGUCAGUUAGUACUAAGACACAUCCUACCCCAUCAGAUUGAAGCCAAAGGCAAAUUUUCUCCUAAUUGA